CACCCUUUGCCUCUAGCGCGCUAGCUCUUGAACUCAUCGCCAGGCCGUUCCUCUCUCUCUUUAGUUCUCAGCAGAACCCAAACCAAUCCCAGUAAAACCAGAAAACGACAGUCACUAAAUCAAAAUACGACACAAUAAUGUCUCUCACAGCCUACCACCACCACCACCUCCUCUUCACUAACUCGCCGCAUCGCAUCACCCUCCUCUUCACCUCCACCAGCCUCUCACUUAGAAACCUCACUCUCUCUCGCCACGUCAACACAUCCUUACAUUCCCAUAAUUUCCACUUCAAACCCCAGACUCCCAAAAGUUCUUUCAAUCUCACUCUCAAAGCUUACCAAUCGGACCCCACAAUCCCUACCCAAGAUUCCAAUCAAUUCAACCUCGAUCAAUUCCUCUCAGUUGCUGAGUUACUCUGCAUCUUCUCGUCGUCUAUAAUCACAAUUAGUUACGCAUUGAAUUAUACGGUUUUGAACUCGAAAAGGGGAGUGUUGGGGGUUAUAGGGAGUAAUACAGGGUUUGCGUGGGGAAUGGUAGUGAUGGUUAGUGGAGUGGUGAUCGGUGCGUGGAUAAGAAGGCGGCAGUGGUGGCGGGUUAGUAGUGAGACGGAUAGGGAAGGGAGUAGAGAGAGUUUGAAUUUGGUGGGGAGGAUUGAGAAAUUGGAAGAGGAUUUGAGGAGUUCUGCUACCAUUAUUAGGGUUUUGUCUAGGCAGCUUGAGAAGUUGGGGAUUCGGUUUCGGGUUACUAGGAAGGCAUUGAAAGAGCCCAUUGCUGAGACUGCAGCUUUGGCUCAAAAGAAUUCUGAUGCGACUCGAGCAUUAGCUGUGCAAGAAGAUAUUCUGGAAAAGGAGCUUGGUGAAAUUCAGAAGGUCUUGUUGGCAAUGCAGGAGCAGCAGCAAAAACAACUGGAGCUAAUUCUUGCAAUUGGGAAGAGUGGGAAGUUAUGGGAUAACAGGCGGGAACCUGUCCAAGAACAAGAAUUGAUUAAAACAUCUGAUUUAACGGAGGGGGUGAACCAGUUGCAAACCCAUGAAACUCAACCUGUAGUUACAAGGAAGGGAAGCAAUAAUGACAUUCCAUAAAAAUCAGCAGUAAAUACGUGCCGGAUUUUUCUGUUUUUUCCGCCACCCAAGGUUGACCUCUUCUUUCAUUCUCUCCAGCAAGGCAGCUGUGCUCUUUUGGUUCCCACUGUAGCUCCACCAUAGGCCAUCUGAGCGAAGAUCCCCGUUUCUUGAUCAGAAUACGCUAUUGCUGCAGCGUAAAGAAAAAUGAAGGCCUAAAUAUCUUUGUAUAAUUGAGACACAAUCUGUUCAAUCGCUGUGCUCAUUCCUGUGUAAUUCGAGGUUGUACUUGCUGUUCAAGUUUUGUUUCUUGACAGUAACAAUUUCAUUCAUUGGGAAUGGGAGCUCGAAAUCUAUACUCUUCUUAUAAGUACUGGCAUAAUUUAAAUGCAAUGUUAGAUACUUAUUGUUUCUGUGCUCA